AUGAUAAAACUGAGCAAGGUAUCAUCAGGCAGACCCCCAACACCUGGAUUAACUCACAAAAGUAAAGUACACUGCUCCCAGGGUCCUCCCCCAUUAGGUGGCCACCUGAUAAGCCAGCUCAAGGAAAUCACCAGAAAUCUGCUUAAAGAAGGAUGGAUAAGGGCCGCGUGGGGAAGGAGGCAUCUGGGUCCGGGCGGCGGUGGCUCCCGAGAGAGGGUUAGCCUGUCAGCCACAGACUGCUACAUAGUGCGUGAAAUCUACAGUGGGGAGAAUGCCCAGGACCAGUUUGAGUAUGAGCUGGAGCAGGCACUGGAAGCCCAGUACAAGUACAUUGUGAUAGAGCCCACUCGAAUUGGAGAUGAGACAGCACAUUGGAUCACUGUGGGCAAUUGCCUACACAAGACGGCUGUGUUGGCUGGCACUGCCUGCCUCUUCACCCCAUUGGCACUGCCCCUGGAUUACUCCCACUACAUCUUCCAGCCCGCUGGUGUGCUGAGCCUGACCUGCUGUACGCUCUAUGGGAUCUCUUGGCAGUUUGACCCUUGCUGCAAGUACCAGGUGGAGUAUGAUGCCUAUAAACUGUCCCGCCUGCCUCUGCAUAUGCUCACCUCCUCCACACCAGUGGUGCUGGUUCGGAAGGACGACCUGCACAGAAAGAGAUUGCACAACACAAUAGCACUGGCUGCCCUGGUGUACUGUGUAAAGAAGAUUUAUGAGCUCUACGCUGUAUGA